GGCCGGCGGGCCGUGGCCUAAAAGGCGGCCGGGGCUGGGUUACUGACGCAGCUGCUGGCGGCAGGCGGCGGGCGGAGCGCACACUUCUCGCUGGGCUGCGGCUCCCGGGUGUCCCCCGCCUGGCCGGUGCGGAGAGCAUGGCGGGUGCGGGCCCGAAGCGGCGCGCGCUAGCGGCCCCGGCGGCCGAGGAGAACGAAGAGGCGCGGGAGAAGAUGCUGGCCGCCAAGCGAGCUGACGGCGCGGCGCCGGCAGGCGAGGGCGAGGGCGUGACCCUGCAGCGGAACAUCACGCUGCUCAACGGCGUGGCCAUCAUCGUGGGCACCAUCAUCGGCUCGGGCAUCUUCGUGACGCCCACGGGCGUGCUCAAGGAGGCAGGCUCGCCGGGGCUGGCGCUGGUGGUGUGGGCCGCGUGCGGCGUCUUCUCCAUCGUGGGCGCGCUCUGCUACGCGGAGCUGGGCACCACCAUCUCCAAGUCAGGCGGCGACUACGCCUACAUGCUGGAGGUCUACGGCUCGCUGCCCGCCUUCCUCAAGCUCUGGAUCGAGCUGCUCAUCAUCCGGCCUUCAUCGCAGUACAUCGUGGCCCUGGUCUUCGCCACCUACCUGCUCAAGCCGCUCUUCCCCACCUGCCCCGUGCCCGAGGAGGCAGCCAAGCUCGUGGCCUGCCUCUGCGUGCUGCUGCUCACGGCCGUGAACUGCUACAGCGUGAAGGCCGCCACCCGGGUCCAGGAUGCCUUUGCCGCCGCCAAGCUUCUGGCCCUGGCCCUGAUCAUCCUGCUGGGCUUCGUCCAGAUCGGGAAGGGUGACGUGUCCAAUCUAGAUCCCAAGUUCUCAUUUGAAGGCACCAAACUGGAUGUGGGGAACAUCGUGCUGGCAUUAUACAGCGGCCUCUUUGCCUAUGGAGGAUGGAAUUACCUGAAUUUCGUCACAGAGGAAAUGAUCAACCCCUACAGAAACCUGCCCCUGGCCAUCAUCAUCUCCCUGCCCAUCGUGACGCUGGUGUACGUGCUGACCAACCUGGCCUACUUCACCACCCUGUCCACCGAGCAGAUGCUGUCGUCCGAGGCCGUGGCCGUGGACUUCGGGAACUAUCACCUGGGCGUCAUGUCCUGGAUCAUCCCCGUCUUCGUGGGCCUGUCCUGCUUCGGCUCCGUCAAUGGGUCCCUGUUCACGUCCUCCAGGCUCUUCUUCGUGGGGUCCCGGGAAGGCCACCUGCCCUCCAUCCUCUCCAUGAUCCACCCACAGCUCCUCACCCCCGUGCCGUCCCUCGUGUUCACGUGUGUGAUGACGCUGCUCUACGCCUUCUCCAAGGACAUCUUCUCUGUCAUCAACUUCUUCAGCUUCUUCAACUGGCUGUGCGUGGCCCUGGCCAUCAUCGGUAUGAUCUGGCUGCGCUACAGAAAGCCCGAGCUUGAGCGGCCCAUCAAGGUGAACCUGGCCCUGCCCGUGUUCUUCAUCCUGGCCUGCCUCUUCCUGAUCGCCGUCUCCUUCUGGAAGACACCCGUGGAGUGUGGCAUCGGCUUCACCAUCAUCCUCAGCGGGCUGCCCAUCUACUUCCUCGGGGUCUGGUGGAAAAACAAGCCCAAGUGGCUCCUCCAGGGCAUCUUCUCCACGACCGUCCUGUGUCAGAAGCUCAUGCAGGUGGUCCCCCAGGAGACAUAGCCGAGUGGCCGCUGGAGGAGCAUGCGCAGAGGCCAGUGAAAGCAGCUCACCUCCUCGAACCCACUCUGGUUCCCUGCAACCCACAUCUCAGCGGCGCAUCCCAGUCCCUCACCGUCCCUCCCAGGUCGGGCAGCGGAGGCUGCUGUGAAAACUCUGGUACGAAUCUCGUCCCUCAGCUGAGGGCCAGGGACCCAGGUGUGCCCGUGCUCCUGCCCGGGAGCAGCUUCUGGUCUCGUUGGGCCCUUUUUCCCUGCCCUCCUUUGUUUACUUGUAUUUUUUUUUUUUAACUUAAAUUUUGACACCACUAAGAUCAUGAUUUUUUAAGGAGCUGGGGAAGGGUGGGAGCCUUCCUUUCUCCUGCACACUAUGUGCCCCAAGGGACCAGACCCUGGGUGAACAGAGCUACUGAGACUUGGAACCUCAUUGCUACUACAGACUUGCACUGAAAGCCGCACAGCUGCCCAGACACAUGUGCUUGUGACAUUCGUGAAAACCAGCCCUGCGGGCUUAUGUCUCUGCCUUAGGGUGUGCAGAGUGGAAACUCAGCUAUAGGGUGGCACUGGGAUGGGGGUGGGGGAUCCAGGCAAGGUGGGUGAUUCCAGAGCUCCUCCCAGGAGGUGCUUGAGGCCCCGUUGGACUCCUGACCAUAACCCUAGCCCCGAGACACCAUCCUGAGCCAGGGAACAGCCCCAGGGUGGGGCGGGGGGUGCCGGCAUCCCCCCUAGCUCACCAGGCCUGGCCUCUGGGCAGUGCGGCCUCUUGCUAUUUCUGUGUCCAGUUUUGGAGGCUGAGUUCUGGUUCAUGCAGACAAAGCCCCUGCCCUUCAGUCUUCUAGAAACAGAGACAAGAAAGGCGGACACACUGCGGCCAGGCACCCAAGUGGGCGCCCACCCUGGGCUCCACACAGCAGUGUCCCCUGCCCCAGAAGUCGCAGCUACCCUCAGGCUCCAAUGCAUUGGCCUCUGUACCACCCAACUCCCCGCCCAGCAGCCCCUUCUGGCUGGUGCUGGGUUCCCACUCCCGGCCAAGGCACCUCCCCACUCUGUCACCCUCACUUCCUGUCCUGGUCCUGACGCCCACUGUCUAGGAGACAGAGCCAAGCACUGCUCAUCUCUCUGCCUCGUGCAUUUGGAGGCCCCAGGCUCUCACCUAGCCCUCACCCUCCUGCAGAGAGGGAACUAGCGCACCCCCCGUUUCUUUUGUUCCCGUGAAUUUUUUUCCCUGUGGGAGGCAGCCGAGGCCUGGCCAGUGCGGCCCACUUUCCUGAGCUGUCGCUGCCUCCAUGGCAGCAGCCAGGGACCCCCAGAACAAGAAGACCCCACCAGGCCCCUCCUGAGCUCUGGGGGGCUCUGCCUUCUCAGGCCCCGGGCUUCUCUUCUCCCCAGCCAUAGGUGGAGCCAGGUGGUCCAGCAUCACUCCAGUGCUCAGCUGUGGCUGGAGGAGCUGGCCUGUGGCACAGCCCUGAGUGUCCCAAGCCGGGAGCCACUGGAGCUGGACACGGCUUCACUGACCAGCGGCUGCCCAAGCCGCAAGCUCUAAGCAAGUGCCCAGUGGAGCCUGCCGCCCCUGCCUGGGCACCGGGACCCUGUCACCAUCCACUGGGCGCAGAGAAACCCGAUAAACAGUUUGGGGACCCAAGACCAGAUGUCCGUCUCUCUUGCUUGAGGAAUGAAGACCUUUAUUCACCCCUGCCCCAUUGCUUCCUGCUGCACAUGGACAGACUUCACAGCAUCUGCCCAUAGGACCUGCAUCCUUCCUGGGGCCGAAUUCCACUCAUCCAAGGGACAGCCCACGGUCUGGAGGCCGAGGACGACCAGCAGGCAGGUGGACUGACUGUGUUGGGCAAGACCUCUUCCCUCUGAGCCUGUUCUCUUGGCUGCAAAUAAAGACAGUAGCUGGUGGCCCGCCUGCCUGGCACAUUGCUGUGCGAAUCCAGGAGGCAGUGGACAUUGUAGGCGGCCACGGCCCCGGGUCCAGGAGAGGUGCUCCCUGGAGGCACGCACCACUGCUUCCCACUGGGGCCGGCAGGGCCCACGCACGACGUCAGCCUCUUCCCUUCCCGCCUCAGCUAGGGGUCCUCAGGAUGCCGUUCUGUUCCAACCUCCUGCUCUGGGAGGUGGAUAUGCCUCAAGGAUACAGGGAGCCAGUGGCCUCUCGAUGACACGCGCUUGCCUGUUGGCUGCUGCGGCUGUGGGCGAGCAUGGGGGCUGCCAGCAUCUGCUGUGGAAAGUAGCUCCUGAGUGAAAUGGCUGGGGCCGCUGGGGCCCGUCUUGACACUGCGCAGGGCGCUUCUGGGCAUCUGAGCUGGGGCCCGUCUUGACACUGCGCAGGGCGCUUCUGGGCAUCUGAGCUGGGGCCUGUCUUGACACUGCGCAGGGCGCUUCUGGGCAUCUGAGCUGGGGUGGGAGCUCCUCCGCAGAAGGUCGGUGGGGGGUCUGGUCUGUGAUCCUUGGUGCUGUGUGCCCCACCCCAGCCUGGGGACCCCACUUCAGGAGGCCGGGGCCGUGUCCCGCAGUGCUGACUGGGGCCUGCUUCCCCCUGCCCUUCCUGCUGUGCUAGAAUUCCACAGGAGACCAGGGCCACCGCAGGGGACUGUCUCAGAACACUUGGCUUUUCCGUCCCUUUUUCUCCACACUCCACUGACAAACGUCCCCAACGGUUUCCACUUAUGGGCUUCAGGUGUUUUCAAGCACAUCCCACCAAAACAAGAAAGUACAUUUUCAGAUGUUUUGCUUUCUUGUUUUGUGCUAACGUCACUAAUUUAAAGAUGCUGUUGGCACCAUGUUUAUUUAUUUCCAGUGGUCGUGCGCAGCCUUGCUGCUCUGCGUGGCGCAGGUGCCAUGCCUGCUCCCCGUCUGUGUCCCGGCCACGCAGGGCCAUCCACUGUGACGUCGGCCGACCAGGCCAGACACCCUUUGCCGAGUAAUGACGUGUGGCUGGGACCUUUUUUAUUCUGUGUUAAUGGCUAACCUGUUACACUGGGCUGGGUUGGGUAGGGUAUUCUGGCUUUUGUGGGGUUUUUAUUUUUAAAGAAACACUCAAAUCAUCUUA